UUUGAGGGCACUGAAGUCUUUGGCGUGAGGGCACCGAUAUGUGUACCAUCUCAUCAAAUUUUGACGAUGCGUGAUUUACAAACUGAAACGACAAAGCAAGCUUCGCGACUCGUACAUCGCGGAAACUGUCCUCCUCUGAUCGAAGAAGUUGAAGGCCGUGACUGAUGGAAGAGCAGGAAAUUACAGGUGGGGAACGCAAAAUUUGAGGGAAAGGAAAGGAAAAGCAGAGACGGAUGGGCGCCCGUGCGGUUUCAUUCGAACGUGAGAGGGACAGAGCCACGACCCCCUUGCGCGUUAUGGGAGUGGGUGAAGUCAAAGUCGUUGCCCCUCCCCCCUGCAAACGGUUUUCUUAGUCAAUCCUUAAAAAAGAUCCAAACGGCCAUCAGCAAAGACCACCACUUUCCUAUGUUCCCUCUCCAGUUCUUGCUCCACUUCCUCAGCACCGCCGUGCGAAGAAUCAAGAUCUUUGCUCGCUCUCUCACCAUGUCAGAAAACCUCAAGAACCACCAAGUACAAGAAGAGCCACAGUCCACGGCGCAGGACCCUGAUCCAAUCGACCCGGUCUUGCCGGCGACCCCUAUUUCCUACCCGAUCAAGACCCUUGAAGAGCUCGAAUCUCGGUCCUACUUCGAAUCUUUUCACUACCCUUUUAACACCGCCUCUGUCUCUCUAGAGACAGGGCAUGGGGGUUUGCCCAACAGGCCCAGGAUCCUGGUUUGCCAUGAUAUGAAAGGUGGGUAUGUGGAUGACAAGUGGGUACAAGGCGGGGACAACCCAGAUGCUUACGCAAUAUGGCAUUGGUACCUUAUGGAUGUCUUCGUCUACUUCUCUCAUAAUCUCGUCACUCUGCCUCCUCCUUGUUGGACUAAUGCUGCCCACAGACAUGGCGUUCAGGUCUUGGGAACAUUCAUUGCAGAAUGGGAAGAGGGCCAACGUACUUGCGACAAGCUGCUUUCAACACAGGAUUCUGCUCAGAUGUAUGCAGAGCGUUUGGCAGAACUUGCGGUUGCAUUGGGGUUUGAUGGAUGGCUGAUCAACAUGGAGGUCAAGUUGAAAUUAGAACAAAUCCCCCAUUUGCUAGAAUUUGUCAGGCAUUUGACCGAGACAAUGCACUCCAAAGUGCCUGGAUCUUUAGUUAUUUGGUAUGACAGUGUAACCAUCGAGGGCAAUCUUAGCUGGCAAGAUCAACUGAACAACUACAAUAAACCUUUCUUUGAUCUUUGCGAUGGCAUUUUUGUAAAUUACACAUGGCAGGAAAGCUAUCCAAGGCUUUCAGCUGCUGUUGCAGGUGAUAGGAAAUAUGAUGUUUACAUGGGCAUUGAUGUAUUUGGAAGGAACACUUAUGGCGGUGGGCAAUGGAAGGCAAGUGUUGCACUAGAUGUGCUGAAGAAGGACGAGGUUUCAGCAGCUAUAUUUGCUCCAGGAUGGGUCUAUGAGACUAAGCAGCCACCUAAUUUUGAGACUGCUCAAAAUCGUUGGUGGAGUCUUGUUGAAAACUCAUGGGGAGUACUGCAAAGAUAUCCAAAAUCACUACCUUUUCACUCCAAUUUUGAUCAGGGUCGUGGCUAUCAUUACUCUGUUGAUGGGAAUCAGAUAUCUGAGGCACCUUGGUGUAACAUAUCUUGCCAAAGUUUUCAGCCUUUUCUUGAGUUCCAUGGAGAUGGUAGCGUCAGUCCCAUUGAUGUCAGUGUGAAUCUUAAGGAAGCAUCAUUCAGCAGAGGAGGGAAUAUCACAUUUAAAGGAACUCUCAAAGGCAAUGCUGAUUUCACAACCAGGCUUUUUGAGGCAGAGCUUCCUUUAGGAAAUUUGCCAAUCUACUUCACUUACUCAGUAAAAUCGAAGGGCAGUUCCCUUGUGGGCCUUUCCCUGGAAUUUUCCUCAGAAAAGAAUGAGAAGAACACUGUACUUCUCGCAUCUCACGGAGAUGCUUUACAUACGAUGAGUCAGUUCAUCAGUAGAUUCAGUAAAGUGAUUAUGCCACAUCAGGUUACGAAGCUAGAGAGCUCCCCGGGAUGGGUCAUACUAGAGAGUAGCAUAUUGAUGGAAGGAUACACCUUGAAAGGAAUCCGCGCUUUAUGCUACAGGCCAUUGAGUAUGACGUCUGGAUCAGAUGACCAAUCAGCGGAGUUUUAUGCAGUUCUCGGUCACAUUACCAUCGAGACUGAGAAGCAUAGCUCGUUCCUUCCGCCCUCAAGCUCGUGGCUAGUCGAGGGUCAAGAUAUCAAGUGGACCUCUAAGUCUCAGGGUUCAAAGACCGUCAGUCUCAAGAUCUGGAAAUGGAGAGAUGGUAAUUCUCCAUACUUCAGUUAUAUUGUGUAUGUACAGGAAAUAACCAAAAUGGAAGGUACAGGCCCGGACCGAGUUGCGUCGGAGGGUGCGCGGAAAUACCUGGGAGUAGCACAAGUGAGAUCCUUCUAUGUGUCCGACCAUGUUGUGCCGCCGAGUGUCGUGAGUCUCAAAUUCGUCAUCCAAGUAUGCGGGGUCGACGGGGCUUGUCAGAAGCUGGACGAGUCUCCAUCUUUUACUCUUGAGUGUUGAGGCUGUUUCCGCCUCCAUCGGACUGGGAAUACAUUCUAGAUCUCCUCUUUCGUUGCGGGAAGGAACGAUUUGAUUCAAUACCAUCGAUCUCAGCCGUCCGAUGACUGCAAAUCAACCGUUUGUGAGACGAAGAAAUAUAUGAAUUCUAUGUCUCUUAUGUCCGUGUCGGAUACGCUUUCGAGCGUCAUGGUGACUCGCUUAACGAUGUGUCGUAUCAAAUUGUAUGUUCAUUACCAAUAAGAACGAUAUAGUUCGGAUGAUACACUGAGCUCUUGAAGUAUAAUUGAUACCGGCAAUGUGAACAAUCCACCAUAAGAGAAAAUGGGAGUGCAAUAUCUACUGUUUUCCGACUUUA